AUGCCUUUUCGAAAAUGUAAUUUAGAAUGCGAAAAAGAUAAAAAAGGUGAAGUAUUGGAAUUUGUCGGGCCAGUAAAAAUUACUUUAGUGGAUCGCUCGAACUCAAUGGAGAAAUGCUUUCAAGUGCUUCAGGCGUGUUUGAUAUCUGGUAUCAUCUCUUUGAACCCCCGCAGUGGCGCCGCUGCGCCUAUGAGGGUUGCUGACAGGAAAGUCGAACACAUCUUAGUUGAGAUCUUUGCAAUUAUAUUCACUUUAUGUUCAUGUGUCUUUGCUUACUAUGCAUAUGACGGGUACGAUAAAUUUACGACACUACACUCCACUACAGGUUUUUUAGCCAAUGGUGUUAUAUUACUAUCAGCAUUACCCGGAAUCUUUAUUUUUCCGUUUUUUCGCAAGACCACGUCAAUGCAAAAGGCAAGAUUUGGACCCAGCGUCUGUAUUCACGUCGCUCUAGGCGUGUUGGCUACAAUUAUAUCAUCAGUGUGUUUUGUGAUUGGAAUUAGUAAGCCAACAUUCAGAAAGUGGCUCCCUGAAGCCGAAAUACUGACCUUUAUGAUCUAUGGUUGUAGUUUUUACUCGGCUAUGGCGCUGUAUAAGCCAGCAAUCAUGCUUUUCACCUCCAAAAGAGAUAACUUCCUCGAAUAG